AUGGAGGCGGCGGCGGUCGGGCCGGGCAACCUCUCCCGCGGCGGCGGCGGCGGCAACGAGAGCGGCGGGGCGGCGGCGGGAGCGGCGGCGGGGUGGUCUGCGGCGGCGCUGGCCUCCCAGGCGUUGGCGCUGCUGCUCAUCUUCGCCUUCUCGGCGCUGGGCAACGGGGCGGUUGUGCUGGUGAUCGCCCGGCACCGGCAGCUCCGCACGGUCACCAACGCCUUCGUGCUGUCGCUGUCGCUGUCGGAGCUGUUGGGCGCCCUGCUCUGCCUGCCCCUGGCCUUCCUCAGCCUGCUCAGCCGCCCGCCCGGCGCCUGGCUCUUCGGGCAGCGCCUCUGCCUGGCCAGCGCUGCGCUCCACGCUGGGCUGGGCAUCGCCGCCACCCUCACCAUGGCCCUCCUUUCCUUCGACCGCUACUGUGCCAUCGUCCGCCAGCCCCGACACAAGAUGGGCCGCCGCCGCGCCGCCCAGCUCCUGGCCGCCGUCUGGCUGGCCGCCCUGGGCCUGGCCGGACCCUGGUACGGGCUGGCGGGUGAGGGGUGGCGGGAGGCCCGGCCCGGGGCCUACCGCUGCGUCUACGUCCUGCCCUGGGGCUCGUCCCGGCUGGGGCCGCCCUACGGUGCGGCCCUCAUCGUGCUCUGCUACCUCCUGCCCUUCGCCCUCAUGUGCUUCUGCCACUACAACAUCUGCCGGGCGGUGCGGCUGGCCGAGAGCCGUGUGCGGCCCCUCACCACCUACGGACACCUGCUGCGGGCCUAUGGGGAGAUGCGCACAGCCACCACUGUCCUCAUCAUGAUCGUCUCCAUCAUCUGCUGCUGGGGGCCCUACUGCAUCCUGGGGCUGGCUGCUGCUGCUGGCCGCCUGCCUUUCUCGCCCACCAUGGAUGCUGUAGCCAGCGGGAUGGCCUGGGCCAAUGGUGCCAUCAACCCCCUCAUCUACGCUGCCCGCAACCCCAACAUUUCCGUGCUGCUGCGGCGCAGCCGUGAGGGUGGCUACAGGACUAGGAACAACGUGGCUGCCUACCUCUCGGUCCCAGGCCGCCAGCCGGAGCCCUGGAGCCAGGCUGAUCGUGUCCGGGAGCGCUAUGUCAAUCGGCAGAGCGGCCCUCCAGGCAGUGCCCCAUCCUCCUCCAGCCCAGCGAGCGGGGGAGAGGUGGCCAUGUGGGCCUGCAAGAACCCCGCUGUACUCUUCUGUCGGGAUGGGCAACCGGACACUAUCUCUGAGGCUGCCUUGCAGGCCAAGGCAGACACCGUUGACACCAGCCUCUGAAGGGAUAGGGGUCCAGGAUGGAGGCAUUGGGCCCUGGGGCCAUCUCCCUGAGAAAAUGUGGGGAGCCCUGGCAGCUGGAGCCCUUUGCAGCCAGACUACCAGGAAAUUGGAGCGAUGGGACUGCGUGAGCCACAGUGUGGUUUCUUCUCCAUUGUAUGAGCUCUGGUUUGGUGACCAGCCUGCAAACAGCUCCACAGGGAAAGGAAGUCCCUCUUCCCUUUCAGCAGGCCGGACACACUGGUGAUAGCCAGUGAGUCCAGCCAGCACAAGAGCUUGACUGCAAGAAUGAAACAGUGUUUGCUCCAGGCCUGCAGAAAUUGCUACAGUGAAGCGAAGAGACAGACACACAAAUACAGCCCAAACUUUCUGACUGUGUGAGCUGUUCGUUAAGUGCCAAAAAAGCAACUGAAAGCUGAGCACUGGCAGCUGGAAGACACUCUGAAAACACCACACUGUGAACACAUCAUGGCAGGAAAAUGUUGCUUUAACCCAUUAUGUGUGGAAGUGCUGAUAGCUAGAAAAUCAUAAACUGUAGGACAGGCUAAACGAGCAAUCUAUUAAGAUGCAUUUUAAUUUUUUUUUCAUACUCCCGAAUAUAACAGAACAGUAAUUGUUGUGAAAGGGGAGAUGUAUCAUACCAGGAGGCAAGGAAAGGAAGACGAAACCUCAGCUGUAAGAAUUUCAGCAGGCUUUUUUUUUUUUUUUUUUUGCAGGUACAGUUAUCUUAAAAGACUAUGAAUGUGAGAAAUGGGAGUUCUUCAGACAGACUGAGGAAAAGGGUGUGAGUGUAGACUAUUGUAUCACUGAGUUUGUGCACAAGGUGUAUGUUUUCUUUUUGAGCACAUUAGAAGUGUCAAGUCUUAUCUCUAAAAGCUUAACUGUGUUUAGAGGAGCUGUCCAAGAGAGAUGAGUAUCCGAAAGGAGAGGUAAAGCAACACCAUGCGCUCUGCGUAUGCUCUUAAGCAUGUGAAAAUGUGUAUAUGCAGUGAACAGAAUUAUUGUAUUGAUGGCAGCAAUCCAUCUGGAGUAUAAUAUUUAAAAACUAGAUCUGUUUGCCACUGAAGAAAAGGAAACAACACAAUGGAGAUGCAAUUGCAUGGCAUAAAUUCAUAUGAAUUCAUAUGAAUUUAUCAGUAUAAUUAUUUUGUCCAAAGGCUUUAAAGCCUUAAAUUAGUAUUUUGAAUCAGAAACUAAGACUGAGCCUUCCUUCAUCUUUGUCAGAGUUAAAUGUGAAAGACAGGCCAUGUUUUCCCUUGUACAGGCUUUAAAAAUACAAUGUUGCUGUUUUACUGGAUUUUUCAACUGUUUGUGACCAAAGUGAACAUACAUAUUUUGUA